AUUUUGUAAUAAAAAAAAAGACAGUGAGGUGCAAGGUCAUAAUAAGGGAAAUUCAAUAGUUGUACAAGAAGCUGUCCUCGAGCCUAAUGGUACAUGCACUCAGGCUUCCGUAUGAGGAGGAAUUUCCUCAGCCAGAGGGUGGUGAACCAUUGUCGUAGAUGGCUUUGGAGGACAAGGCAGAGGUUAAGAGGUUCUUGAUUAGUCAGGGUGUGAAGGGGUAAGAGGAGAAGGCAGGCAAACAGUGCUGAGAGGGAAAUAGAUCAGCCAUGAUGAAAUGGUGGAACAGAAUUGAUGGGCUGAAUGGCCUAAUUCUGUCCUAUCCCUUAUGGUCUUCUGCCCAGUGAGAGAGGAGGAAAGUGAGAAUAUCCGGGGUGGAUGGGUCUAUGAUUAUGCCGGCUGCUUUAUUGAGACAGUGAGAAGUGUAGACAGAGGCCAUAAGAGAGGAGCCUAGUUUCUGCUGAGCUGUGUCCACAGCUCUCUGCAGUAUUCGUAGCUAGUUACUAUACCAUGCUGUGAUGCAUUCAGAUAUGAUGCUUUCUGCGCUGUGUCAAUAAAAGAUGGGAAGGGUUGACAGGGACAUGCGGAAGGUCUUUGCCUCCCGAGGCAUUGGUGAGUUUUCUUGGCCCUGACAGCUACAUGGUUGGACCAGGACAGACUAUUCAUGAUGUUCACUCCAAGCAACUGGAGCGCUUGACCUCAGCAUCAGGCAAUAGGCAGGGAGGAGAGGCUAUCUGGUGGAGCCAGGAUUCUCCUAGUCCAGGGUGAAGGUCUUGCUGCCUCUCCGAACGGCUACAGGAGGGUGGGAUUUGGUGAUAAUGGUGGUAUUGGAACUGGGAGGUGAUGUUAUGGAACUUUCUUGGGUAUCUGUUUGUUGGGGCUGUUCUGAGAGACUCUGUUAUUUGUUUCCUGCAGUAUUACUUCACCAUUAACUUUGGCCAUGAUGCCCAGAAAGCCCUGGAGCUGAGAACAGAGGACGUGAAGGAUUGUGAUGACUGGGUGACAGCGAUUGGCCAUGCAAGUUACAGGAACCUUGCGACGGAACACGAAUCGCUGAUGCAGAAAUACCUCCACCUGCUGCAGAUUGUAGAGACGGAGAAGACGGUUGCCAAACGGUUGCGACAGCAGAUUGAGGAUCAGGAGAUCGAGGUUGAGCGACUGAAAGCGGAGAUCGCUUCACUACUCAAAAACAACGACCGCAUCCAACUAACCCAGCCAGUGAUGCAGAAUGAUGAAGAUGUUGACAUAAAGAAAAUUAAGAAGGUCCAAAGCUUUCUUCGAGGAUGGCUGUGCCGAAGGAAGUGGAAGACCAUCAUUCAGGACUACAUCCGGUCCCCGCACGCGGAGAGCAUGAGGAAGAGGAACCAGGUUGUGUUCAGCAUGCUGGAGGCCGAGGCUGAGUACGUCCAGCAGCUGCACAUCCUCGUGAACUGCUUCCUCCGGCCCCUCCGCAUGGCAGCCAGCUCCAAGAAGCCUCCGAUUGCCCACGAUGAUGUCAGUAGCAUAUUUCUGAACAGUGAAACAAUUAUGUUUUUGCACCAAAUAUUUUACCAGGGACUGAAAGCUCGAGUUUCCAGUUGGCCUACUUUGGUACUAGCUGACCUUUUUGACAUUCUCCUUCCGAUGCUGAACAUCUACCAGGAGUUUGUGAGGAACCACCAGUACAGUCUGCAGAUCUUGGCUAGUUGCAAGCAGAACAGAGACUUUGACAAGCUACUGAAGCAGUAUGAAGCAAAGCCAGACUGUGAAGAGAGGACGCUGGAGACGUUCCUGACCUACCCAAUGUUUCAGAUCCCCAGGUACAUCCUGACUCUGCACGAGCUGUUGGCUCACACACCCCAUGAGCACGUGGAGAGGAAGAGUCUGGAAUAUGCCAAGUCAAAGCUGGAGGAGCUCUCUCGAAUAAUGCACGAUGAAGUAAGUGAAACAGAAAACAUUCGCAAGAACCUGGCCAUCGAGCGUAUGAUCGUGGAGGGCUGUGAGAUUCUCCUGGACACCAGCCAGACCUUUGUACGGCAAGGAUCGCUUAUCCAAGUGCCAAUGACAGAGAAGGGGAAAAUCACUCGGGGCCGUCUGGGGUCUCUCUCGCUGAAGAAGGAGGGAGAGAAGCAAUGUUUUCUGUUCUCCAAGCACCUGAUCAUCUGCACCAGAGGAUCGGGUGGGAAACUCCAUUUAACAAAAAACGGUGUUCUCUCAUUCAUUGACUGCACCUUGGUGGAGGAUCCGGAGAUGACAGAUGAUGAGACGCGGGGAGGGGGUCAGGACAUGGAACACCUUGAUUUCAAAAUUGUGGUGGAACCGAAAGAUGUUCCUUCGUUCACUGUGAUUCUGGUGGCCUCUUCACGGCAGGAGAAAGCAGCGUGGACGAGUGAUAUCAGCCAGUGCAUAGAUAACAUUCGAUGCAAUGGUCUGAUGAUGAACGCGUUUGAGGAAAAUUCCAAAGUCACGGUUCCACAGAUGAUUAAGUCUGACACCAGCCUUUACUGUGACGAUGUGGACAUCAGGUUCAGCAAGACUCUCAACUCCUGCAAAGUUCUCCAGAUUCGCUAUGCAACCGUGGAACGUCUGCUGGAACGCCUGACUGACCUGCGUUUCCUGAGUAUAGAUUUCCUCAACACAUUCCUGCAUUCGUACCGUGUAUUCACCACGGCCGAUGUGGUGCUGGACAAGCUCAUCGCCAUUUACAAGAAGCCAAUAAGUGCAAUACCUGCAAGGUCACUUGAACUCUUCCUUGCAAGCAGCCAAAAUAACAAACUCCUGUACAGGGAGCCCCCGAAGUCCCCACGAGCGAGCCGGAAAUUCUCCUCCCCUCCGCCCCUUUCUAUUUCGAAGACGUCGUCACCAAUUCGGAGGAGGAAGCUUUCUCUUAACAUUCCCAUUAUUACUGGAGGCAAAGCCCUGGAUCUCGCCAGCAUGACCUGCUCGUCCAACGGCUAUGCAAGCAUGUACUCCUCAUCGUCCCCCUUCAGCAAGACCAGCCUGGACAUCAACAAGCUCUACUUGUCCAGCAACUACUCCAACAAGAUUUCCAAUGAACCCGAAUCCAAAUCAGACAAAGCUGAAGAUUCUGCUCUGGGCAAAGGAGGUACGGCAAGGACGGUGAAGGAAGAUUCCGAGAUUGAGCAAGACCUGAGCGAUGAGGAUGAGACAGAAACAUCACCGACAAAAUCUCCAACAACUCCAAAAAAACUAAAAACAAAGAACUCUUCGGAGUUCUCCUUGUUUUCCUACAAUAAUGGAGUGGUGGUCACGUCCAGUCGGGAGAUGGAGAACAAUCGCAGUGCACUGUCGGCUACCUCAGCCUUUGCUAUUGCAACCGCCGGUGCCAGUGAGGGCACCCCCACCAAGGAGAAGUUCCGACGGAUGUCGCUGGCCAGCGCAGGCUUUCCUGCGGACCAGAGAAUUUGUGACAAGGAAUUUGUUAUCCGAAGAGCAGCUACGAAUCGGGUGCUCAACGUGCUGAGGCAUUGGGUCUCUAAGCAUGCCCAGGACUUUGAAGCAAACUCAGAGCUGAAAAUGAAAGUGAUUGGUUUUCUGGAGGAAGUCAUCCACGAUCCUGAAUUGCUCACUCAGGAGAGGAAAGCAGCAGCCAACAUCAUCAGGACACUGAAUGAAGAUGACCCUGCAGAUAACCAAAUCUCACUGGAAGAGAUUAUGAACACGACGGAAGAAGAGACUUUUGAGAAUCUCUCUGCACUGGAGAUUGCUGAAGAGCUGACAUUGUUGGAUCAUCUGGUCUUUGGGUGCAUUCCAUACGAGGAAUUCUUUGGUCAAGGUUGGAUGAAGCCCGAGAAGAAUGAGAGAGCUCCGUACAUUAUGAAAACCACCAAACAUUUCAAUGAUAUCAGCAACUUAAUAGCGUCGGAGAUUCUGAAGAACGACGAUGUGAAUGCGCGAACGGCAGCCAUUGAGAAAUGGGUGGCGGUGGCGGACAUCUGCAAGUGUCUCCACAAUUACAACGCUGUGCUGGUGAUAACCUCAGCACUCAACAGAAGUGCCAUCUUCCGGUUGAAGAAAACAUGGAUGAAAGUGUCAAAGCAGACUAAGGCUUUAAUAGACAAGCUGCAAAAACUGGUGUCGUCUGAAGGACGAUUCAAAAAUCUUCGGGAGGCACUGAAAAAUUGUGACCCUCCAUGUGUUCCUUACUUGGGAAUGUAUCUGACGGACUUGGCCUUUAUUGAGGAAGGAACACCCAAUUAUACCGAAGAUGGCUUAGUCAACUUCUCCAAGAUGAGAAUGAUAUCUCACAUAAUCCGAGAAAUCAGACAAUUCCAGCAGACCUCCUACAAAAUAGAACAGCAAACCAAGGUGGCGAGGUACCUACUGGUCCAGACCAAUGUGAUGGAUGAAGAAAGCCUUUAUGAGGCGUCCCUGAGGACAGAACCGAAGCAGCCGACCUGAGUCACAACCAUCCCUCUGCCUCAGAAACCCUUACAUAAGCAACGACACCGCUGGUCUCCUUCAGCGUGCUGUGCAUGGGCCACUGCUGAAGAGAAGACACUAUGGAGUGCAUCACCCACCCACCUGCUCCUGACAAUAAAUAGCUGCUGGACUUCUCCUGUAGAGCAAAUAUUAACCCCCCAAAAAAACUACAGCAGUUGUUAGUAUUUGUGGUGACAACUGAGCCAUUUUAGCUUUCUUUAAAUCUACACAGUCCUUUAAAAUUGUCCAGGAAUGGAUGGUGUAAUGGGCCAGGAUACUGUCCUUCCAAUUCCCGUGUCUGGAUCCAAUCCAGCCCAGGGUGCUAGGCUCCGCGAUGGACGCCUGCCCUCCCUCGUGAACGUGUGGAUAGUCAGCAGACUCCUUUCAUCACUGGGGCCACGGUUCACGUCCUGAGCGUCAGGCCAAAUGUAGUCUCUCUGAGGUGGGACCUGUUCCACACCAGCCCAUGCUGAUGGGCUGAAUGGCCCCACUGGCUGACGAAGGGCUGUGUGAUGUCGCUAUCCACAGCACGGUUGUCUCAUCGCGGGCUCAAAGCCAAAUGCAGAAGUCACCCCCCCGCCUGAUGAGGGUGACCUUUUGCCACUGGAAGGCAGUGUGAUAUGACUGACCACCACACCAAUAUUUCCCAGGGAAAAUCCAAGUUCAUAUCCCAGACUGUAGGCUUUCUCUUCCCAUUCACUAACCUUCCAUCUCUGGGUCUCAAUGAAGCUCAGCUUGAAAGGUUUCCUUUCUUUGAUUAAACUGGAUUAGCACCCCUGGGACCCUGGUUUGAAUCCUACUCUAGUUGUUAAAUAAUGAGGCUCCGAGGCUCAGUCCUCUUUGGAUAGACUGAAGCCUACAGCACAAAAGCUCACUUGACAUAGCACCAAUUUCCAGCUGAUGUCCAUGGCUAGUGUGGAGAUAUCCACUCACCCUUUCUGAGGCUAAGAUGCAUCACUCGUGUAUAGAAAGAUCAGUAGACUGCACCUGUCCCACACUGUACCCAACUGCAGAACACCGAAUGUCACAAUUCAAGAUUAGGUCAAAGGAUGAGCUUUAUUUGUCACAUGUACAUUGAAACAUCAAAACAUACAGCGAAAUGCGUCGUUUGCGUCAACGACCAACACAGUCUGAAGAUGUGCUGGGGGCAGCCCCUACGUGUCACCACGCUUCUGGCGCCAACAUAGCAUGCCCACAACUCACCAACCCUAACAUCUUUGGAAUGUGUGAGGAAACCGGAGCACCCGGAUGAUUCCCAUGCGGUCACAGGGAGAACGUAGA